AUGCCCGCUGACGGCGAGGUUGGGACGGAGGCAACAGACUUUCACGUGGGCGGAGGCAGCCAGGACGCUCCAGGCAGCAGUUCAGGCGGCCAGAACGCCACGGUGACCAUCCGACGAGAUGAGCUUAGGGACUUGAUCAAGAGCGUAGUGUCCGAGACUAUGAGAUCAGGAGCUCAAGACUCGGGAGGUCAUCGAGGCGGCGCCCGCGGGGAGCAGUCUCACGACGAGUGGCGCGACACCGGCAGGGAUCCUUGGCGAGAGGGUCGCGAUCGAGGCGCUCACAGCGGUGAGCGGGAGGCUGGAGGCGAGGGCCACCAGCGCGAUCGUCGAGAUGGUGACAAGGACGCCGGAGGAGAGGGCCGGCUGUCGCGGAUACUCUUCCAGCAGGUCAUGGGAGGCAAGACCGAGCCGAGGGCAAAGAGGGCGACGGAGAAGUUCCUGGCUCGCCGUCGGAACGAGUCGGAGUCAGAGGUCUCUCUCGAGUCCUCGGUCGACGCGGAGAUGCAGGGCACCUUCGUCAACGCGACGGCCGAGGCCAUGGCGCAGCAGCCGGGGCCUGGACUAACCAGCGGGCCCAGCAACGAUUCGACGGCCUCAGCGGGAGCAGCAGAGGCUCAGGCACAGCUGGGCCCAGCAUCCGGAGCGCCGCCCUCGAUCGACCAGCCGCUAUGGACGCUCGGACCUCCAGCAGCAGUCAAGCCCCCGCCGGGCUUCCUGGGCCCACCAGACCCGACGGGGAACACGUUCGUCUAUCAGCAGAGCCCAUUCGGCCAGGUGGUCGCUCAGCAGAUGGAGAUGGCCGGGGCGGCGCCGCCCCAGGUGCAGCACAGCCCCGGGGACCCGUGGCAGGCUCAUGCGGAGAGCCAGCCUCCUCCGCCGAGCCACCCCCCGCCGGGCUGGAACUCCCAACAGGAGCAGGGAGGAGCACCUACUACGCAGACGACCACGACGGGCCAGCCUGUCAGCCUGUUGCUCCACGAGCUGGGGACCAUCCCGGAGGAGGGCCCGGUGCUGGACAGCCCGGAGUGGGAGAUCCUCCCAGACCAGCUCUAG